AUGCCAUUCUUGCGCUCUGACAAGGACAAGGUGAUUCAGAACCAAUCCUUGUUUCUAUCAAAACCACCACGUGGUUCCUCUGGCACACCAAAGAGAACAGUAUCAUCAUCUUCAUCCUCUUCAUCAAUGAACACAGCAACAACUCCUUCAUCAUCGAAAGCUUCUUCAAGCCAAACUAGUACUCCACAAAGAAACAAGAAGAACCAAAGCACACCUACCACUCGUCCACUACUUUUAAAAAGAAAACAACCCACCACCCCUACUAACACUUCAACACCUUCCUCAUCAAAUCCAUCAAAUCAUCAUAACAGCAAUAAUUUAAAAUUAAUUAAAAAAUAUUCAAAUUCUGAUCCGAAGUAUAAUAAUCAGCUUAUCAGACGGGUUGAGAAGAAGAUUGCUCCACAACUUGAUUUCAGUGAUUUAUUGUCAUCCUCAAGUGAAGAAGAAGAAGAUGUUAGAAUGAAGAAGAGAAAAUAUGAAGACUUUGAUUCUGGAAGCGAAAGCUCGGAUCAUUCCUUCAUAGGAAAGAAAUUAGUUAUUGAUCAAGUAAGAGAAAAGAAAGCUAGCUGCAAGGCUUCCAAUAUUAGUAAUAAUGGCAAUGCAGCAGCAUCUUCUAGUGGCUUGCAUAAUAAUAUUAAUUUAAAUACAAUUUCAAAGGCUAAUCAUAAUAUUAAUAAUAUUAAUAAUAAUAAGAAUACAAACACUAGCAUCAUUAGUAAUAGUAAUCAUUUAAAUAAUAUUAUUAAUAAUCAAAGUAGUACUGGUACUAGUAGUAGCAAUAACAUCAUCCACGAUAAUUUCUCCAUCUAUUUGUGUACUAUUAAUUCAGAAGGACAUUCACCAGUACCUUCUCGUUGCAUCAAAGAUGAUGGUUUAACAAAGAAAAUCAUUUGUUGUUUGGAAAAUCCAGACAAUGAUCAAUUAAUAACUUUGAAAUUAAUCAACAAUACAAAUCAUGAUACGAUUACCUAUUUUAAUAUUGAUGGAAAGGAAUUACACAAUAAUAUGGUUGCUGUUUUAAAGAGGAAGACUGAAAUGUUUCUACGUGGAAUGAUUAAUGAGGAUGGGCAUGUAGUUCCCUUAUGUAUGAAAGUUCCACAAGAAGCAAGUGACUGUGAUGAAGAAGAUUGCAUUAGAGAAGAGAGAAAAAUCAUUGCCAAGGUUUUCAAGUGUGUCAUUAAGGAGGAAACACAAUUUGAUGCAACUAUUGUCAAAAAUUCCUGUGUUAAACUUGAACCAAAAUCCAAACCAGGUUUAAAUCAAAACUUGGCAGUAGGUGUUGGCAAUCAUCAAAUUGUUGAACAGACAUCUGAUCUCCAUAAUGUGACUAUUGAAGGUAUGGAGGAUCAAGUUUGGAAGUUGUUGGAAUUGGUUUAUUUGAACAAAGACAUGUACAUGAGAAAGUCAGAUAUCAAAAAAUCAACAAUGAAUAUUUCAUCAUCAACUCCAAAAACUCUAUCAAAUAAUAUGACACUACCAAUGAACUCAGAAACUCCACCACCUCAAUUAAAAUCAAAUAGCAGUACACCACCACCUCCAUCAGUUAAAUGUACUCUUCCAAGUGAUGUGAUUUCAACUAGUACUGCUAGCCCAGUUAUUAGAAAUCAGACUGCCCACAUUAAAUCAACACCUCAAAAGGGCACCCAAAUUACAUCAUCACCAGUUACCAGCAAUUCACAUUCGACAACAGUUAAUUUGAAAAACAAUUUUCAACCUUCCUCAACUAAUACAAUCACUCAUCCAAUGUCGAGCCAUCCAAGUACAUCACAAACCAACCUUGCUUCCCCAAGUAAGCAAGAAUCAGUUCAAAGAGAAGCUGAGCCAAUUAACGAUCCAGAGGAGUUAGUAUUAACACAACCUCAAAUUGAGGAUGCAAUGGAAGAUGAUGAUGUAUUAAUUAUCGAUGUGGUUCAAAAAGAAGUUCCAAAGGAAAAAGAAGAAUAUGUAUCAGAAAAAUUUAGGCAAAAUCUUAUCAAUUAUGCCAAGCAACUCAACCCUGAUACAAUUAAAUCAUUUCUACCACAAUCUAUGCAAUGGGUUCAACUUUUGAAAACGUGUGGAUUGAGUGCAGAAGAUAUCAAAAAGGCAACAAAUAUGAAUAAUCCGUUUACUGGAAGUUCAUUUAUUGUACGUACUUUGGAUGACACAACUAUGAAUCAAUUUGGAUUUUCACAAAAAGCAAUACAAAUUCUAAGAAUUGUCAGAGCACACUUACUUUUUAAUAAGGAUGAAUUUGGGCUUCAGUUUUGA